AUGCCUCGUACAACCCUAAAGACCGAUGCUUCAUCAUCCUCUGAAACUUUUCCAAAUCCUUCAAGUCCAUAUUUUAUUUCUUCAUCUAACAACCCGAAUUCCAUUCUCGUUUCAUCUGUUUUUAAUGGAGUGGGUUUCAAUUCAUGGAAACGGUCCAUGAUAAUUUCUCUCACCGCCAAAAACAAAAUUGGCUUUGUUGAUGGAACCAUUGUAGCACCUUCUGAAAUUGAUCCAGAAUACACUUUUCGGUUUCGAGCAAAUUCAAUGGUUAUCGGUUGGUUGCUGAAUUCCCUUCACAAAAACAUCGGAGGCAGUGUUCUUUUCCUACAAACCACAAAAGAAAUUUGGAUAGAGUUGAAAAGCCGUUAUGAACAAUCAGAUGGAGUUUUACUCUACCAGAUUCAACAACUCUAUUUGUUGUCUCAAGGUACAGAGGAUUUCUCAUCUUAUUACACUAAAUUAAGUAUGUUCUUGUGCCUCUGCCACCGAAAUCAACAAAUUCCUCGAAGAACAACGUUUAAUUCAGUUGUUAAUGGGUCUCAAUGA